GUGUAUAAUUAAAGUUAAUAUUAGUGAAAAGUGUAAGAAACAAAUUUUAUUUAUAUGCAUAUGUGAGUGGUGUGUGUAAUUUUAUACGCAUGUGUACAUAUAUGUAUCCAUAAUUUUAUAACUCCGGUUGCAUAUGUACUCGCACUUGUGUACGUUCGAUAUUUUUUAAAUUGCUAUUCAAUUAUGCAUUUGGACAAAAAAAUCACUAAUGAUAAGACAAGAAUACAGUACUGUUCUUGUCAUUCUAAUGAAAACAUUCUUUCUCGUACACAUCGACCGUAUUGUAAUAAUCAUAAUCUUGCUGACCACCAAAUUUCUCGUGUUAUAAAUUCUGUUAUCAAGAAUAACGAGUAUCCGUAUAAACCAAUUACACAAGUAUCAGCCAGAGAUAGAUUUCCAUCAUCUAGUAGUACAGAAGAUGAUCAAAGUGGUUCGGAUGCAGAUCAUAAUUCUUUAUCUUUACGUAAUAAAAUUUCUACGUCAAAUAAUACAAAUUCUAAUUGUAUUCGUAAACGUAGAGGAAAUUUGCCAAAACAUUCGGUAAAAAUAUUAAAAAGAUGGCUUUAUGAACAUCGAUAUAAUGCAUAUCCAAGUGACACUGAAAAACUAACUUUAAGCCAAGAAGCUAAUCUUACAGUCUUACAGGUUUGUAAUUGGUUUAUAAAUGCAAGAAGACGUAUUUUGCCAGAAAUAAUUAGGAAAGAAGGAAAUGAUCCACAUAAAUACACCUUAUCUCGACGUAACAAAAAAAUUUCAAAUGUAAACAAACAAAUUCCUAAAUUGUGUUCAGAAUCAUCCAACAAAGAUGUCGAUGAAUAUCAUAAUACUGAAUAUCGAUGUGAAGAUGACAGUCAUAAUGAUUACAUAAAUGAUUAUGAAAAUAAUUCUCGUAAUGAUGAAAAUGAAGGUCGAAUUAAUCAAUGGACAAAUUUUAUUGUUUAUCCAUACAAUAACUCGGAGGUUCAAUAUGUAGAUCGUUUCAAUUGUGUUGAUUCAAUAUCACACCCAGCAUUGAGAGGAAACGAAUGUUUACCAAUAGUAGAAAAAUCUGUUUUUUGGAAUACAUCAAAAGAAAACAAAAUAGAUCCUACAAGCAAAAUUAACAAAAAUGCAGAAAAAAUUCAUACUAAAAGUAAAAAAUCAUUUUGUUGUGAAACAGCACAUCCAAUUUCAUCUGAGGAUGAGAAAGAUAAAUUUAAGUGUUUAUACAUUUUAGUAGAAGCAGCUAUUGCAGUUCAACAGCUGGAAAAAAAACAAGAACAAGUUUUUGUAUAGUUUAACUAAUUUUUUCAAUUAAGCAUUUAUAAUGAACAAAAAAUAGUUUUGAAUUGUUGAUUGUAAUAAACCAUAAUUAUUAGCAAAAA